CUGCUCCCAAAACCACAAACUGCAGCAUCUCACAAUCAUGAAGACUCCAACCAUUUCCUCUCUCAUUUUCUUUCUUUUUAUUGUCUUUUCGUGGUCGUGUGCCGACGCCAACGUCUAUGGUUUUCUUGAAUGUCUCAAGCAAGAAUUCCCAGACUAUUCCUCAAUUUCUGACCUUGUUUACACCCCAAUCAACUCUUCUUACCAGUCUGUCCUAGAUUAUUCAAUCCGAAACAAAAGAUUCAUGUUAGAUACCACCCCAAAACCUCAAGUGAUAAUAACCCCGGAGUACGAGGACCAAAUCCCCCCUAUCAUCUACUGUGCCAAACAAAAUCACUUGCAAAUUAAAACUCGAAGUGGCGGCCAUGACUUUGAGGGACGGUCUUAUGUAUCUGCAGUCCCAUUUGUGAUCCUUGAUUUGCUCAACCUCAGUGAAAUAACAGUUGAUGUUGAGCAGAAAACUGCAUGGGUUGGAGGUGGUGCAACCCUUGGCAUGUUAUAUUAUAAUAUUGGGAUUAGAAGCAUAAGACUGGGGUUUCCAGCUGGUUUUUCCCCAUCUGUUGGUGUUGGUGGGCACAUCAGUGGGGGAGGUUGGGGCGUAUUGCUCAGAAAAUACGGCUUAGCUCCAGAUAAUGUUGUUGAUGCUAGGAUAGUAGACGUUAAUGGCAGGAUUCUCGACAGAAAGUCGAUGGGUGAGGACUUAUUUUGGGCCAUUAGGGGUGGUGGAGGUUCCAGUUUUGGCGUCAUUGUUGCAUGGAAAGUACAAUUGGUGGAUGUUCCAGAAAAAGUCACUGUUUUCACAAUCCAUAGGGAUUUGGGGCAACAAGCCACUCGACUCAUUCACCGCUGGCAGUACGUCGCACCUAACUUCGAUGAAGACUUAUUCAUGAGAGUCAUCGUUAUAAGAAACACCACCUCGGAAGGAAUGAGGACAAUUCGUGCAACAUUUAACUCUGUUUUCCUUGGUCGUACCGAAAGACUACUUGCGUUGAUGAAAGAAAAAUUCCCCGAAUUGCGGUUAGUAAGAGAAGACUGCACAGAAAUGAGCUGGAUCCAAUCCAUCCUGUACAAUACCGGAUUGCCUAUAGAUUCACUUGAACCUUUGCUCGACAGGGUUCAACAUGAUGUAGGAUACUUCAAAGGAAAAUCAGAUUAUGUGCAAAAACCAAUUCCCAUAGAAGGGUUUGAAGGCAUGUGGAAACGCUUCUACGCACCAGAAGGCAAGUUGGCACAGUUAUUGUUGACCCCAUAUGGUGGAAAAAUGGCUCAAAUUCCUGAUAAUGCAACCCCAUUUCCUCAUAGGGCUGGUUAUCUUUACAAGAUCCAUUAUAUGGUGUACUGGGAAGCAAAAGACGCAGAUAAUGCUGACAAGUACAUAAAUUGGAUUAGAAGACUUUACAAUUACGUGACUCCUUAUGUUCCCCAGAAGCCACGAGGAGCUUUCUUAUGUUAUAGAGAUCUUGACAUUGGAGUGAAUAACAAUGAAGGGCCGAUAAGUAUUGAAACAGCAAGAGUUUGGGGUGAAAAGUACUUCCACAACAAUUUUGAUCGAUUGGUUAAGGUGAAAACUAGUGUUGAUCCAGAGAAUUUCUUCCGAGAAGAACAAAGCAUUCCCCCACAACCACAGUCGACUGGGAAAGAGGACAUACAUAUAAGAUUAUAUUCAUCAUGAGAAACAUGAUGCGGUUCUGCCGACUUCUACUACAUGCUUUCUUUACUUUCAUUUCCUUACUGCUUUGUGUCCGAAUAAAACAUUGUAGAUUGUUAAAAUAGGUGACUCGCUUGCCAAUUAGUUGGCUCUUUGUAAUCUGUUUUUAACAAUUUUUUUCAGUUAGUUGGUUUCUUGUAAUGUCUUGAACAAUCUUAUCCGGUGUACUCUGUAUUGAAUAAUCUAAACUGUUCAAGUUGAUAAUCUUAAAAAAAAA